CGUAUUUCUUUCCAGCAAACGUGGUAAUUUGCGAAACGCUCGAACUACUUCCAUAAAACGAAUAUAAUUUCUGUUUUUUUAACAACGCGAAAUUUAGCCAUUCAAUCAAUUUAUAUCAAACAGUGCAACACUUCGAAAAAAGUGACUAAAAACGAGUGAAAAGUCGUGCAAAAAUGAAACGUUUACUUAUAUUUCUCGCAUCGAUUUCCAUGGUGGAACUUUCUCCUGCUAACUUGACUGAUUUCAACGCUAUGUCAAAAAUGAUAGAUCCGGUAUCUCUAGCUGCCUCCACUAUGGCAUGGGAUUGCGCUUGCGAUAAAGCAUGCGAUAUGGGCGAGCAAAUCAUCACACCUUUCAUUGAAAGUUUUCACGGGGGUGGAAAAUCAAUCCCUGGUGCAGGCAUAUGGAAUUGGUUUAAAGAGAAAGCUAGCGGAGUAACUGCUAUUGUAAACAACGGUUUUGAUUUGUUGAAAUCAAAAGUUAACGAGUUUGGAGGCGAUGUUACGAAUUCAAUUGGUGUUCUGGUCACCGAAGGUACUCAACAAGUGAAACAAUAUUACGACGAUGUGUUGCUUCAUCAUAAUCAAAGCAAUCCGUUGCAGUUGUUCUGUGAUAAAACUCGUAGUUUAGGAUUAUGUAAAUGUUUCUUGAAACGGGUUGCUGAGAAGCUUAGUGCAUUUACAAGUAGUUCAGACAGUUGAAGAGUGGUAUUGUGUGUUACCUAUUUGUAAUAAUUGACUUGAGAUCUUAUCGCCCUUAUGGAAUAUUUAUUGAGAUUCGACCACUUUCACCCGCAAUUUUUGGAACAAUUUUCGCGAUGUCAUCACUCAAAUUCGAACAAAUUUUUGAUUGAUAGAAAAGUCUCCCCCUCCCCACAAAAAUGCAAAGUUGUUAUUUUUCAUUUUCGAACGAAGUUUCUAACACAAUCGAUUUCAUUUUAAAAAAUGGGUAAAAAUUUAUUGUUUUGAAUCUUUUAUGAGAAAAAAAGUAAAGGUUCAAGCCACGAAUGAGAAUUUUUGUGGUCUUUUGAUGAUGUAAUGUAGCACCAAACUUUUUUUCAAUCCCCGCACUAAGUUCAAAAAAAAACACAAAAAAAUCAAAGACGAUCCACUAUAAUACCUAUAUGAACCUACUCGUAAAAUUUUCCAUGUAAACAUAAUAAUUUUUUUAUUUACAUUUUGUAACAAUUGUUUUAAUUUAAUUAAAUUUUCAUGUGCA